GUUUAAACUACUAUCAGCCUCUCAUUCAGUGUGCAGUUGGUUCGGGCUGCUUCUUGCGCGAACUGAGCAGCCCUGGCAGACCUUUGUGCACGGGGUGAGGAGCAGAUCUGCAUGCUUGCAGAGCGCCAUCCGGACAUGCGCACUAUCCUCAUCCGUACUUUGGCCAAGUGCGGCUCCAUCCCAAACGAGGUUGGUCCGCCCUGUCUGAACUGCAUGGCUUUGCUGGCGCAAGCUGAUGAAGAUACUCGCAAAUCUGUCUUCAGUGUGGUGCAGGAGAUCAUAGUUCCUAGCCUGCCAGAGGGGCAGCAUAUGCAGGAUGCUGCUGCUCAGCAGCUUUUGCAGGCAGUUGCAACUCCGAGCGGCGAAGGCUUGGAGGGUGGCUUGGCCCAGGAGUCGAUGGGCGGCUUGCAGCACAAGCGGCUUGAAGAGUUGGAUGAAGAAGAGGUCCAGCAGCUGUUGCAGAUGCUAGACCCGGGAAUGGUGGAAUCUGCCGAGCGCCUUCUUGGUGCAGUGCUGUGCAAUCUGACGAAGCAUUUUCUGGAGAAAGGGGGCGAGGCUGCCGACAAGUUCCGCACAAACCACAUCAAGUCCGUGAUUGACCGAACCUUUGCUAUUCUUGCGAUGAACUCUGCGCGGGAGACUUUCGGCAACCCGUCCGAGGAGGAGAGCAGAAAAUCACGCUCAGUGAGCAUUGCGUACAAGUUCUUGUCACAGCCUCUGCCCAGCCGCUUUUGCGCAAGUACCUCCGCGGCGAGGCUGCGAAAGACUUCCAAAAGAUGCUGAAAGACCAUGAUGAAACCUUGGACCUGUGGAGAAGCAGAGACGUCAACAUGGAGCUAACCUGGACAGGACGACACUUGGACUUGCUUCUCUCCUGCCUAAAUACAGCAUCGCCUGUUUGCCUUCGGAACGACAUGAAGCAGGCCUUCCGAGUUUUCCACCGCAUUGCCAACGUCAUGGCUGGCGUGGGCGACACAGAGCAAGCCUGGACGGCAGAGGAGAGGGCAGCGGAGGAAACAGUGAUGUGGAACGAAAAACUUAUGCGCCAAGAGGCCAACUUGCUGGACGACACUAGCUACGAAGACCAGCUGCAGCAGCAACUCAUUUUUUUCUCCUUCAGCGGAAUUGAGCGCAUGGUGCACUUCUUGGAGAUGCCCCCAGAAGAUGGCGCGGACCAUUCAGAAGAUCACCCCCCAUGGAUGGGCAAGAGCGAUCGCUCGGUGGCUGUCGAGCUCAAGCAACAGGCGCGUGCGUACUUGGAGGAGAGCUGCUUGGCCACGUGGAAGGCGCAGACAACGCAGCGCAGCAACACGCCUGCAAACUUGCGAUGCGUGAAGAGCCGGAGACGGUGGAGAUCGAGGAUACCGAGAUCCCGAAACUGGGAAGCAAGGGCGGGGAGCUGCUUCGUCAGGUCUUUGAAUUGGAAGGAUGCAAGCAGGGCUACAGACCAGCGAACGAUGACCCAGUGCUGGCGAGCGCGCAGGUGCACUCCGAGCUGCCAUCGUAUGUGGGCCAAGCUGGGUCUGCCGUGGGCACGGCGCGGCUGCUGGACGACUUGUUCAGACGGGCGCAUACCACGGGCUUGUGGAGCACCGACCCUUGCCCGUCCUCGCUGCCCAGCGUGCCGCGACUGUUGCAGAGGAGACCGAUUCCUUCUUCAUGCCAGGUUCGCCUGGCCUGGUGCGAUGCUCCUUCUUCGUUUCGGCACUUUUGCGGACGAUGUUCGCUGCGCUGACUCUGCCCACCACCGAGGCGGUCUCAGGCCUCGUGAAUUUUCGCUUGCGCAAUCCGGAGAUGCAGUUGCGCCUGGUGGCGCUGAUUGAAAAGUGUGGCUACGUGGAUUGCCACCUUGCUGCCAAGCUGAUGCGCAUACUGUCCAUGGUUCUGCGGCUUCAUCCUGACGAGUCUGUGCUGCGGCUUGAGGAGAGAACGAUUGCCAACACUGCAUUGGCCUGGUUAUUGCGGCAGGUCUGGCAGGACGCGCGCUGGAGCUUCUAUCUCCGCUCAUGAAGCAUCUUGGGACAGGCUUUGAGUUGGAGCCUGCCAAUCUGGUUUUGGCUCGCGAAGCAGUGCGCUUGAUCAACACAAUUGCCUCCACAGAAGUCAGCUGCCUCCGCUUCAGCAAGGAUACUGCCAUUCAAAAAUCAGCGUUGGAGGCCAUGGUUCUGGGAUUGGUGCCGAUGCCAACCAUCAAGGCCAUCGUGAUGCUGUUACUCUAUGACAUGCAGGUGAAUGCUGGCAGCAUGCAUGGCAAGAGCAUCACCAAGGAUUUGGCAUUGAGAACCAUCAGAUGGCAAGAUUUGCACGGCCUAUGCUCCGAGACUCUGGCACAGCUUUUGUACCUUGCGCCCAGCAUCCGGUAUGAGGCGUUGGAGCUGAUGCACCAGCACAAGGUCCUGGGGCAGAAGCAGUUGCACACCUCCUUCAUCUCGGCUCUGCUGGACCGCUCGGAAAUCAAGCGCCUACGCUUCGCCUUUGAGCUGCUUUUGCCGGAGCUAGAAGGCCACCACGGUGAGAAGGUGUUGCAGCUGGCUUGGGCCGAAAUGCCCGAGGAAGGAACCCGCAACUUUUUUGCCGUCGCCCUUGGAUUUGUCAGGACGGGCGGGGCCCGACUCCUUGCGCUGACGAAUAAGCGUUUGAUCAUCCUGGGCCAGUCCCGGCACGGCGCGGCCAAGCGACCUUGUGGCUUAUGCCCCCCGGAGAGCUUUUGCCCCAUUGGCCCUGCCAUCUCCAAGUCCUACUCUUAUUCCGAGUUUACACGCAUCUACUCCUCCUCGGACGAGCAGCUGUUGAUCUUGGGGCGCCUGGAGAAAUCGAUGACCGACGUAAAUGAGAAGUUCGACGUCAUCAUUUUUCAUCAAUCUGAUUCUCAAAAAGAAUUCAAGGAACGUCUCAUGACUCUGAGCGGCCUGGACCCUUCGAUGAGGACGAAAAUCCAGCAAGAGAUGCUUGUCAACAAAACUGCAAAGUCCAAGACGGCCUCGCGCAUUGCGCGUACGACGUGGGCUUUUCGCGAAGUGGACGAAGGGGAGCGUCUGUCUCUUUUCGUGCUCACGGAGUUGAACUUCUUUGAGUUUCAAGUGAACUUCAGCCUAUGGAUCCCCAACUCAGUCGAUCAGGAAAAGGCCUACGUCAGCGAUAAUGAAUACGAAGGUGGCGAGAGCGACGAUGACUUGCAUCAGACAGCAGGGGCCCAAUCGGCUUUGGGUUUCACAGCUGCCAUGGCGGCAGCAGAAAAGAGAGCCAAAGCAACCAAGUUUAUGCACGAGAGGCGUGCCCUCGAGGAGCCCAUUUUAACAGAGCGAGCUAGUGAGCGGCAGAGCAGGCGGUACCAGGCUCCGCCCAAUGAGUGGCUGUUGGAUGGAAUUCGUACUGGAGCCAAGACGGCGUCCGAUACCCUGUGGAAGCACCUCAGUGAAGGCGAGAUCAACCAGAUCACAAAGGACCGGUCAAAAGCGAGGGAGGCUACAGAGCAGCGGCUCUACGAAUUGCCUGGAGCAUCUCGGGAGGUCGAGCUGAAACACAUGCAGUGAUGAAGGAAACCCGCAAGGCCAUUCUGACGCAGCUCUUCAAGUGUCCCAUCAUGAACCUCAGCGAAGUCAGUUUUGACUCUGGUUCGGCGCCGAUGCUUCGACUUCACUUCAGCGCCCAGCACACGGAGGAGGUGGCAAUUCGCUUCCUGGAUGACACUGCCAGGGAGAGCUGGCGAAGAAACCUGCAGUUCGUGCUGCAGAAGAGUUCCAGCGAUGG